AAGGGCCCGCCCUACAUCAUCAAAUAACUGCUUCUUGUGGCUUUUUGCAUCAUCCGUGUCCGAUCGGGCAGCUAUAAUCAAAUAGGCGUAACUGUUUUUUUCGUAAAAUGUAUUCUACGUGAUCAAACUAUUCACAAAUCAUGAAUCUUGAACAUUCGGUCAUGACUUUUCACGUCAAAAUCGUUGAAGACCAAAGACAGAUGAAAGACAGAUGAGGGCGAUUGCCGCAGUUGUGAAUGAGAUUUACUGGUUUUGCUUCAGCCCCUUCUAUGCCAAUAGAGUUGCUGGUGAUAUAAAUGAGUUGAGAGCUGUGGUGUCGAAACUUGAUUAAAAUAGUUUUGCUGUAUGUACUGUGAUUAUCUCUUGUUACGUGAACCUGGCACACAGACAUAGCAUGGCGGGGAUGGAAAGGUAUCCAUCAUAUGUCGGCGAUAAAGACUUAUGGAAUAGAAGAUUUGACAACUUAGCUGGGGGAGAUGUACCCCGUCCAAGCCUGGAACUGAACUCUCGGUUGCCGGCCCGAGUACAAGAUGAAUCUGAUCAAGAUGAAGAUGGUAUGGUCAAGAGGUAUGUGGGAAUGGGAGUCAGCCUGGCGAGUUUAAUUACUGAAAAUUUAUUAAGCCACCCCUUUGUUGUCUUGCGACGUCAGUGUCAGGUUCAUAAUAAUUCUCGCCGGUAUCAUCUCAUUCCCGUGACACUGUUACCAGUUAUUAUCCAUCUUCAUAGACGCCAGGGUAUAACAACUUUGUGGAAAGGAUUGGGAAGUGUGUUAAUGGUACGCGGGAUGUCACUUGCUGUAGAAGAUUUAAUCAGCAAAGUCACACCAUGGCCCAAGGAUGUUUCAUGGCACAGCUCCUUUAAAGCUUUUGGGCAACAUGUUUUGCUUAAAUGUUGUUCUUUGGCAAUUGUUACUCCUUUCUAUUCUGCUAGUCUUGUGGAAACUGUGCAGAGUGAUAUUGCAAGACGGAUGUUGCCGAUAUGGAGCUUGGUGAUACCUACUGUAACAUAUGGUCUUAUUAAAUAUUUUUUGACCAUCACUGUUCGAGGAUUAGCUCGCCGCGUAAUGAUUAAAAAUCACAAAGACGGACAACAAAAACAGGGUGCCCUAUCUCGUGAUAUUUCUCAACCUGUUCAAGAUAUAGAAUUAAAUUCUUCUCUGAUUGCUUUCUUUACUGCAGAAGUGGCUUUUUAUCCACUAGAAACUAUUCUUCAUAGGUUACAUCUGCAAGGAACACGUACUAUUAUAGACAAUCUUGAUUCAGGAUAUGAAGUUAUACCAAUUCUGACAAGUUAUGAAGGUGCAAGAGAUUGUUAUGAUACAACUCUUCAACAAGAAGGCGUUUGUGGAUUGUAUAAAGGCUUUGGUUCAUUACUGUUGCAAUUUGCUGCUCAUUUUGCAGUUAUUAAACUCACUAAUUUAGUUUUGACUGAAGUUACCAAUCUCUUAAGAUCAGGCUCCAAGCCUAGUGUGCCACAAACUGACUUGGGAAAUGUUCAGAGGACAGUGAUUAGUAAUAUAGACAGCCCAGUGUCCCAUUCUGAAGCUGCAGGUUACAGUUUUGGGCACAAAACGUACCCUUAAAAAUUAUAUUGCUUAGCAAUUUCAUUCUUUGGUAAUAUAAUUACAUAUUAAAUGAAAUAGUAGGUUUUUUGUGAUAUAAAAUAUGUAUUCUUAGAAUGUGAGAGGCAUCUUCUCUCAUGAAUUUUGUACAUAAAUACAUUUUUUACAUCAGCGUUUAAUGAAAUAAUUGAUGUUAGUGACAGUUCAAAGGCAGUUGAUGUAGAAUAUAAUGAAUGAAUGAAGGAAGUAAGUUUACACUAUAUUUUGUUUAUGCAGCUAGUUCUUGCAAUUUUCUGAAUUUUAAUUGUACUUAAGAAAGAAAUUUCUAAAAGAAGGUGUAAGGUUCUAUGUAAAGACAUCCCUUUAAUGUUGGAACUGUUUUUGUUUUUUAUCAGUGUGUUACUACUAGUAAGGCAAAUAUUAUAUGUAUCAUUAAAAGGAUUUCCUUCCAUUAUUUCACUUCUUGUGCCAUGAUAUUUGCACGUGUAGUCAUAAUGAAUUUGUAUAUAUAAAUUGUUUAAAUAUUGCUGUAAAUAAAAUCCCUUGUUGAGAUAUAAUAUGAAAGUCUAUGAAAAUGUCACUUAACUUGUGUCC